UUUAAAUGUACAUUUGUAAAAAUACAUCUAACAGGGAUUUUGAGGCUUUCUCUGCUAAGACUUUUUGAUCUGGCCCUUCUUGUUUCCUGUUGUUAAACCAGAUGAGAGCACUCUUUUAAAAUGAGCCUACAGCAUUUCUUAUCCAUCUUCAUCAUCACCAUGUCAGCCCUGCUAUGCUCCGGCCGAUCCUUACCGAGGACGGCCCCUCCCAUCCGUCCCGGCCACCCCUUCCAGUUAAUGUGGAACGCCCCGACCGAGCUCUGCAACAUCCGCUUCAAAAUGCCCCUCGACCUCUCCCACUUCCAGUCCAUCAGCAGCACGCUGAAGACGGCGAUCAACCAGAGCGUCUCCUUAUUUUACACCGACCGCUUUGGCAUCUUCCCCUACGUGGACGAACACACCGGCAAGAUAUACAACGAGGGCCUGCCGCAGCUGAUAGACCUGCAGCGGCACCAAGAGUUGGCCGAGAAUAACAUCAAGUACUACAUCCCUGCCGACCAGCCGGGCCUCGCUGUGCUCGACUUUGAGGAGUGGAGGCCACAGUGGAACCGAAACUGGGGCAGCAAAGACGUGUACAGACGGAUUUCCAUUGAAACGGUCAAGAAGAAGAACCCAUCGCUGACCAAUGCCGAGGCAGAGGACCGGGCAAGGGUUGCUUUCGAACACGCAGCUAAGACGUACUUCCUCCAAUCUGUCCGCGUGGGGAAGCGGAUGAGGCCCAGCAGACUCUGGGGCUACUACCUGUUCCCCGAAUGCUACAACUACAACUUUAAAAAGGACAUGGCGGGCUUCACCGGAGAGUGUCCCGCAAUCGAGAAGAAAAGGAACGACGAACUGAUGUGGCUCUGGGGAGAGGCCACAGCGCUCUUUCCAUCUAUUUACCUGGAGCUGUUUCUUAGAGACACACUGCAGGCCCGGCUGUUCGUCCGGCAUCGCAUCCGGGAGGCCAUGAGGGUGUCGAUGCUCCCCAACAGCUCCUACUCCAUCCCCGUCUUCCCUUACAUCCGGCCCUUGUACAAGGACACCACCGACAAAUACAUGUCAGAGUUCGAUCUGGUGAACACCAUCGGAGAAGCUGCUGCUCUCGGCGCCGCCGGUGUAAUUUCCUGGGGUGACAUGAAGCUUACCGAGUCCGAGGACUCUUGCUUCCAUGCUCGACGUCACCUGGAGCAGGUCAUGAUCCCGUACAUCCUGAAUGUCACCACGGCAACACAGCUGUGCAGCAAGACGCUGUGCCAGAGCCGAGGUCGCUGUCUGAGGAAGCAGUGGGACGACGACGUCUUCCUCCACCUCGACCCGCGCCGCUACCGGAUCGAGCAGAAAUCGCGCGGAGGCCCGCUGGCCGUGAGCGGCGGCCUGUCGCAGGACGACGUCAACUGGUUCGACCGCAACUUCGACUGCAUGUGCUACGGCGAGGAACCCUGUCGAUCGGUCCUGGCCAUCAACGUCAUCGACGAGACCCACACAGAAUUGUAAUAUUAUACAUAUUUAUAUUAAUUUAUGUGCUACACAUACAGUAAAAACUUAUAUAUUUACAUUUAUUACAAGGCUUUGUUGAAUACUCAAUUCUGAUUGGUCAAUCACAGCAUUCUACGGUCUGUUAUUUCCGUAUAGCAGACCGUUGCCAUGGGCGGAGUUCAGAUCAUAGCUUCUGGAGGACCAUUUUCGAAUCAAUAAAAUCGUUUCCACAUCAAUAUUUUGUGUCAAAUUAUAGAUUUCUUUGGUAAGUAGCCGUGUAAAAAGCAA